AUGACCAUGAAGGACGAAGGCGCACUGAGAAUUACUUACGAAGAGAAGGAUCGCCUGCAAAAGGCAUUCCGGCAACAUGAAUUCCGAGCGCUAUUUGAUGAUUAUUUUGAUGAAGUUUCUGAUGAAAAGUAUCGAAAGGAAAAGGAGGAGUAUCUCUUUAACUUAUAUUUCAAUGGAGAGCUCAAAAAAAACAAAAUUAUUAUUGAACCUAUUAUAGCCUUUUGUGUGAAAACCAAAAUUGUGUAUUCUAAUCAAACGCAGCAGAAGAUGUUCGUAAAUAUUUGUUCUCAUGAGGGGAUGCACUGUAUAUCCUUUGAGGGGGAUGGGGGGGGCAAGUUGAGCAUUCCCUACGCCCUUUCGCAGAUGAGGCCAGACAAGACGGGAAAAGGCGCGUCAUGCCUCACCGUCGACUGCUGCACUAACCCCUCCACCAUAGACAUGGUGAGGACGCACAACGAAAUCCUCAACUAUCUCCUGGAGAACGUGUGCAUGAGCAUUGAAAAAAAUAUACUAAAAGACAGGGAGAAGAUAAGCCGAGACUUUAAAAUAUCGAAGAAGAUGGUGUGCAAAGGAGGAAAGCCUUUUGCCCUGUGCAUUAACAAGGACUUCUUAAGGCAUUCAGUCGUUCUAGAUGUGGAAAAGAAGCUAGAAAGCAUGAGGAGUAAGUUUGAGAGGGAGUAUGACACCACGACGCCGUCGAAAGUAGAACAACUUAUAUCGGGAAGUAAAGUGAAGACAGAGGUGCACGUGAGGAAAGACCAAGAAUAUGCAAAGAAUUUACAGGAAGAGGAAAAGGAUCUCGAUGAAUCUGCAAAGGAUAUCGAACUAGAGACAAUUACACAGUUUAGUGAAACCGUAGAAAGGUGUAGGGAAUGUGAUGAACAGAUGGAGCGAACAAGGAAGACGGAAUUUUCUAUCACCUACCAAGGGUCCAUAAACGCAGCUUCUUUGUGGGGCCAACGCGAACACCCCAAUGUGUGCAUAAGCUUACCUGAAAAAAUGAAAAUUUGUAUAUGUACUAAGGGGUUCGUAACGAGUGAAAAUAUAUUACUGCAAAUUCAGAAGAAAAGGCUGGAGGUGAAAUUUGUGAACUGCGAUGAAGAUGACGUGGUGGCUGAUCUUCCAUACCCAUGCAACGUGAAGGACUACUCCUGUGUCAUAAGAAGGGACAAGGAGAAGAUAGAAAUUUACCUCAACUUGUGCGAAGAGUUCGUUAAGAUGUAUGCCAAGAGUUUGUAUGAGAAGUACUUUUCCAGCAAGGAGACGGAGGUGCACGUCGCAGAGCUGGAUUACAUCGACGACGUGUUGCAGGGGGUGGAGGAGAGCACGGUAAACGUGGAGAGCGCGGUAAACGUGGAGAGCGCGGUAAACGUGGAGAGCGCGGUAAACGUGGAGAGCGCGGUAAACGUGGAGAGCGCGGUAAACGUGGAGAGCGCGGUAAACGUGGAGAACGUGGCGGACAGGUCCAACGUGGAGGACACCCAGAUGCAGUGCGGAGAGCAAGUAACCACUUGCAGCAACUUGAAAGAGCGGGAAGGCGAUGUGGAAAUCCCAUCAGAGGACGAAAAAACGAAGGAGGACAGGAUCAGCGUAGGAGAAGAGAGGACCCAUAAUGUCUUAACCCCAUUUGAGGAAAAACUUUUUGUUGAUACUCCCCAAGGUGAGGAGAAUAUGAAAAGGGAACUCCCUCCCUCUGAUGAAUCCGCGUGUACAUGGGAGAAGGCACAAGUGGAUGCGACGGAUAGCAGGACGACGUUAUUUCCUGAGAUAGGAAAAAACCAUGAGGAAGGAAAACAAAAGGAACACAUUCAUUGCUCGUUGGGAAGGAGAGAAGAGUCACUUGAGGGAGAGAAAACCAUGACCUCUGAUUAUCCCAAGAUAGAAUUCAUAAAUGACGAUGCUACUGUGGAAACAAAUAGAGUGACCCCCCAGAGUGCGCAGUCAUCGUCUGGAUUGGUCAAGAAGCAUGUAAGAAGGAAAGCAAACAAAUUGAUCGAGGAAGGUGAAAAGGGUGAAGUACUCACUUCCCAAGUGGACCCUAAUGGAUGCCAGUCUCUGCUGGACAUGCAAAUGUACGAGACUAUGGACAUGGCGGGGGCCUUCUCGUGUAGCUUGUGGGCGGCGUACUUGUAA